UAUUUUGAGAAGCAAGCGGGCUCUUCGCUCCUGGCAAAAUUCCCCUUCACUUCCUCGCUUCCUCAAAAUCUGCUCGAUCUGACGACCCUGCCGCCCGUUUGCGCCGCGCUCGCCGUUCGCUUCUGCCUGCUCCAUUCCUCCGGGUUCCCUCGUCGAGCUCGUCGCCGUCCACGCCGCGGUCGGCGGCGGCAGCGCCCCGCGCGCGGCCCUCGCCUCCGGCGGCGGGCCUCUCUUCCUCGUCGCCGGAUUCCUAGGCGCCGCCCCGUCGGGUCGUGUACGACUGUCUUUGUCGUGGACGGAGGGGAACACAUGCCAUCCACCUGGACCUCGCGGCAGGUCGUCUGGAACCCUCCCCUUUUCCCCGCUACACAACAUGUCGACGCUGUCUCAUCGCCAUUGCCCUACCAAUCCAAAGGGGGAUAACGGUGACUGUGCUGGAGCAUGCGGUGCGGACGGCAUCCCCGUCGUCGACCUCGGCGUCCUCCUCAACGGCAACGCCGAGCAACGAUCUCAGGCGACACGCGAGCUCGGCCAUGCCUGCGAAGACUGGGGCUUCUUCAUGGUGAUUAACCAUGGGGUGCCUGUGGCUCUCCAAGAAGCAGUGAUGGAGGCGUGUAAGGAACUAUACAGCUUACCGAGGGAGGAAAAGGCAGAAUACAUUGCUGCUGGCCCAAAGGAUCCUAUACGUAUUGGAACAGGUCUCUUCUACUCUGACGUUGACGAUGCCAUAUGUCGGAGGGACUAUGUGAAGAUGAUUGCUCACCCUGAGUUCCACUGCCCUGCAAAGCCUGCAAAGCUGAGAGAUAUUGCUGUGGAGUACUCUACUCGAACGAGGCAGCUGUUGCUAGAGCUUGUGAAGGCGGUCUCCAAGAGCCUGGGACUUGACAGUGGCCGCAUUUCUGAAGCCCUAAACCUUGAGUCCUGCUUCCAGAUCCUUGUCGGGAACAAUUACCCGCCAUAUGCUGGCUCGGAUGGGGUUAUGGGAAUUUCAGCCCACUCUGACCACGGCCUUCUCACUCUGCUCUUCCAAAAUGGCGUGGAUGGUCUCCAAGUCAAGCACAACGGCCAGUGGCUUGUCGCAAAGCCCCUUCCAGGCUCACUGUUCAUUAUGACUGGCGAUCAGUUGGAGAUUGUGAGCAAUGGAAGGUACAAGGCCGUGCUCCACCGCGCACUGGUCCAUGGUGGGGAUACAAGGAUGUCGUUUGUUAGCCUGGUCGGGCCGUGCCUAGAUGCCGUCGUUGAGCCAGUCCUAGAGUUGGCACGGAAUGACCCCCAGGGAAUGAAAUUCCGUGGAAUCAGGUACAGGGACUACAUGGAGCACCAGCAGAGUAGCAAGAUGAACACAAAAGCAGCACUGGACAUCGUUCGUGUGCAGGGUGACAUAUUGACAUGUGAGAACACACCUAUCAAUUCAACAGAGCCUGAUUCUUCAGGUUACAGUCGUACAAGUUGAUAUGCUGAACAUUUAUGCCUUAGAGAAUCAGUUCAUGCCAUGUCAUAGCGUUUGCAAAACCAGCAACAUCCAUGUCUGGAAUGAUGAUUUUGCCAUAAAAUAGUUGAUAGACUGAUUAGAUAUUCUAGUAUUCUCUGUUGAGACUUGGGAGGAAUGGAUAAUAGCCUAGCAGUAAUGAUCCUAUGUGUCACAAAAGUGUGAUCCAAGUAUAUAUGGAUUAGGAAGUAUGCUUGCAUGGUCAGAUUUGGUGAAGCCUUGGGUUCGGUGGUUUUGAGAGAUGGAUGGAUAAAGUGAGUCGGGCAGUGGACAAUAGCAUCCCUCCAUUUCUUUUUACUCCGCAUAUAAGGUUUGCCUUAAGUCAAACUACAUAGACUUUGACCAAGUUUAUAAGAAAAGUUAUCCAUUCACAAUACCAAAUCAAUGUCAUUAGAUGUAUCAUGGAAUUAAAUUUCAUAGUGUAUAUCUUUAGUAUUAUAGAUGUUAAUACUCCUCAAUAUAAAGUUGGUCAAAGUUUACAAAGUUUGACUUGAAAUCUUAUAUGCGGAGUAAAAAGAAACUGGGGGAGUAUAUGUAUGUACAGUCAGCGGAGCUUCAGGGAUGUUAUUCAUUGGCACAGCUGAGCUUUUGCUGGUGCUAGUUUGUGGAAAGCAAAACUUUCCUUCGAAAAUCAAGGUAUCCAUGUGAUUAGUGGUUCAAGAUCGAAUACAAAUGUGCGGAGCAGAUUUCUGAACGUGAAGGACCAUGUAUUAAGAGCUGUUUCUCAUGUCGGAUUCUCGAAAACAAAGACCAUCAUGUUUCGUCGCUGAUUGACUGCCUUGGUGUGGAUCAGCUUGAGAGAGGCAUUCGCUGGGAUCAAAGACUACAAGUUUGUACAUCUAACUUCAUGUGGGGUUGGUGAGGUCGAACAAGUGCUAAGCAUAGAAAUCUUGUUUGCUGAGGUUUUACAGCGGUAUGCUAGACUCGAUGUAGGAUUCGAAACAAGUUGGCAUUGAGGAGAAGAUGAUCUCCUAAAUGGUAUCUCUUUUGCAAUUGUGAACAUUGUCGACGACAAUUUGACAAGUGACAAUUAAGUGUGCUACUCAUAA